CGCGGAGACAACAGAGCCAUUUUGACCGCUCCUCUUCGUACCCACCGGUCCUCCUGAGUCCUCGGGACCGGACAGCCUCGGGUGGAGGUGGGAGCGGGUGUUCGGGGGGGGCACCGGGGCAGAUCACGGCGCUGUCAGCUCGGUUUUCAUGGAGAGGAGAGACGGGUGACGCACGGACGGUGUGUGUCAGACCUGGACGAGGAGGUGUUGGAUAGAAAAACAAAGAUAUCUAGAAAACCACGUCGGUCCACUGCAGAGAGACCUUCAAGCCACACAGCACAGAAAGCACCCAAAGGUGCUAAGAGGACAGCAGCAUGGCAGGAGCCUCUGUGAAGGUGGCGGUCAGGGUCCGUCCCUUCAACUCCAGAGAGUAUGAAAAGGAAAGCAAAUGCAUCAUUCAGAUGUCUGGAAACACGACCACCAUCAUCAACCCCAAGCAGGCCAAAGAUAACAAGAGCUUCAACUUUGAUUACUCCUACUGGUCGCACACAUCGCCCGAGGACGUCAAUUAUGCCUCGCAGGUGCGUGUGUACAAAGACAUUGGAGAGGAGAUGUUGCUUCACGCGUUCGAAGGCUACAACGUCUGCAUUUUUGCGUACGGUCAGACGGGUGCUGGAAAGUCCUACACGAUGAUGGGCAAGCAGGAUGUGAAGGACCAGCAGGGAAUCAUUCCACUGCUUUGUGAAGAUCUUUUCACAAAGAUCAGCGAUAACACAGACAACAGCAUGUCUUACUCUGUGGAGGUCAGCUACAUGGAGAUCUACUGUGAACGAGUGCGAGACUUGCUAAACCCUAAAAACAAAGGCAACCUGCGUGUGAGGGAGCAUCCUCUGAUGGGGCCCUACGUGGAGGACCUGUCCAAGCUGGCCGUCACCUCUUACAAUGACAUCCAAGACCUGAUGGACUCUGGCAACAAGGCCAGGACGGUGGCUGCCACCAACAUGAACGAGACGAGCAGCCGCUCGCAUGCAGUCUUCAACAUCAUCUUUACUCAGAAACGCUACGAUGCAGAGACGGACAACACAUCUGAAAAGGUCAGUAAAAUAAGUUUGGUGGAUCUGGCCGGCAGUGAGAGGGCAGAUUCUACUGGAGCCAAAGGAACCAGGCUUAAGGAAGGAGCAAACAUUAAUAAAUCUCUGACCACCCUGGGGAAGGUCAUCUCUGCUCUGGCAGAAGUGGAUUCUGGCCAAAAUAAGAAUAAAAAGAAGAAGAAAGUGGAAAGCUUCAUUCCAUACAGAGAUUCAGUUUUAACUUGGCUUCUUAGAGAGAAUUUGGGUGGGAAUUCUCGGACUGCGAUGGUUGCUGCCCUGAGUCCAGCUGACAUCAACUACGACGAGACGCUCAGCACGCUCAGGUAUGCUGACCGUGCCAAACAGAUCCGCUGUAACGCUGUGAUCAACGAGGAUCCCAACAAUCGAUUGGUGCGGGAGCUGAAAGAGGAAGUGUCCCGACUCAAAGACCUCCUGUAUGCUCAGGGACUGGGCGACAUCAUCGAGAUGACCAAUGCAAUGACGGGGAUGAGCCCCUCUCCAUCCCUCUCAGCCUUGUCCAGCCGUGCCGGAUCUAUUGCCAGUCUUCAUGACCGCAUCAUGUUCAGCCCAGGCAGUGAGGAGGCCAUCGAGAGGCUAAAGGAAACAGAGAAAAUAAUUGCUGAACUAAAUGAAACUUGGGAAGAAAAACUUCGAAGGACAGAAGCUAUUAGAAUGGAAAGAGAGGCCCUGCUGGCAGAAAUGGGUGUGGCGAUACGAGAAGAUGGUGGCACUGUUGGCGUGUUCUCUCCUAAGAAGACACCUCAUUUAGUAAACCUCAACGAGGAUCCCCUGAUGUCUGAGUGUCUGCUAUAUUACAUAAAAGAGGGCAUCACCAGGGUUGGUCGUUUAGAUGCCACCAGUCGUCAAGAUAUAGUCCUCAGUGGCCUCUUCAUCAAGGAUGAGCACUGCACUUUUACAAGAUCUGCUGGCCCAGUGGGUGAAACAGUUGUCUUGGAGCCCUGUGAAGAAGCUGAGACUUAUGUCAAUGGAAAGCGAGUGACGGAGCCCACUGUACUGAAAUCAGGAAACCGCAUCAUCCUAGGGAAGAGCCACGUGUUCCGGUUUAACCACCCUGAGCAGGCCAGAGCCGAGAGGGAGAGGACCCCCUGUGCCGAGACCCCCGCCGAGCCCGUAGACUGGGCGUUUGCUCAGAGGGAGCUGCUGGACAAACAGGGCAUUGACAUGAAGCUAGAGAUGGAGCAGAGACUGCAGGAGUUAGAGGAUCAGUAUCGCAAAGAAAGAGAGGAGGCCAACAACCUUCUGGAGCAGCAACGACUGGAUUAUGAGAGCAAGCUGGAGGCUCUUCAGAAACAAGUGGACCGUUGUUACCCAGAUGCCCCCGAAGAAGAUGAUCCAGAGGAGGAAGUUCAGUGGACAGAAAGGGAAAGAGAACUGGCCUUGUGGAGCUUCAGGAAGUGGAAGUGCUACCAGUUCACCUCACUGCGGGACUUGUUGUGGGGAAACGCCAUCUUCCUUAAAGAAGCAAACGCUAUCAGUGUUGAGCUCAAGAAGAAGGUCCAGUUCCAGUUUGUGUUGCUCACAGACACUCUCUACUCCCCACUGCCUCCUGACCUGUCUUCCCCAGAGGUGACUAAAGACAAAGAAAAGCAACUUUUUCCUCGCACCAUAGUGGCUGUGGAAGUACAAGAUCAGAAAAAUGGAGCAACUCACUACUGGACAUUAGAAAAACUAAGGCAGAGGCUUGAGCUCAUGCGGGAGAUGUACGAUCGUGCUGCUGAUUUGCCCAACAACACCACUGAGGAAAGUGAAAGUGCGCUGACUGGAGGUGACCCAUUUUAUGAUCGCUUCCCCUGGUUCCGCCUGGUUGGAAGAAACCCCAUUUUCAACACAUGCAUGAACGAGCGCAUGAGUGACCCCACCCCGUCCCCGACCCUUUCCAACUCUGAAAUUACUGAGCUGGCUGACUCGCAGAGGGAGGGUCAAGGGGAGGAGGAGGAGUUGGAACAGUUGGAGGACCUGGAUGAUGAUAUUUUUUUGGACGACCCGUGUUCGGAGCUCGGGGCAGAGGAUGAUGAUGAUGAUGAUGAUGAUGAUGAGGGAGAGCUCUGCCGAGGCUCCAGCAAAGGCCAGGAUCCCUUUUACGACCGCUCUCCAUUAUUCAGUGUAGUGGGAAGGGCUUUUGUUUACCUGAGUAACCUGCUGUACCCGGUUCCUCUGGUGCACCGUGUGGCCAUCGUCAGCGAGAAGGGGGAGGUGAAGGGCUUCCUGCGGGUUGCGGUGCAGGCCAUAUCAGCUGAUGAGGAAGCUCCUGACUACGGCUCAGGAGUGAGGCAGUCGGGCACUGCCAAAAUCUCCUUUGAGGAUCAGCAAUAUGAGAAGUUCCAGUCCGAGUCCUGCUCCGCUGGACUGUCCCGCACUGGGGUUUCUCAGGAGGAGCUUCGCAUUGUGGAGGGAGAGGGUCAGAAUGCAGAAAUGGGCCCAUCAGCUGAUGAAGUCAACAACAACACAUCUGGUGCAGAUGAACCAGAGAAUCCAGUGAAGGCUGCUCUGGAUGGUGCACUGAAUACAAAUCUGGAGCUCCUGCAAAUUGGUAACAUUUUUACCUUCAGGGUGACUGUCCUGCAGGCUUCCAGCAUCUCUGCAGAAUAUGCAGAUAUCUUCUGUCAGUUCAAUUUUAUCCAUCGCCACGACGAAGCCUUUUCAACUGAACCUUUAAAAAACACAGGCCGUGGUCCUCCUCUUGGAUUUUAUCACGUGCAGAAUAUUGCUGUUGAAGUUACAAAGUCCUUUGUAGACUACAUCAAGACUCAGCCAAUUGUAUUUGAGGUGUUUGGACACUACCAGAAACAACCUUUCCUUCCUCUUUGUAAAGAUGUCAUCAGUCUUCUACAUCCUUGCAGAAGACAAUUUCCCAGUGUGAUGCCUCUGUCCAAACCAGUGCCUGCCACCAAGCUCACGGCCCUGACCCGUCCUCAGGUGGGACCGUGCCACUGUAAAUACGACGUCAUGGUAUUCUUUGAGAUCUGCGAGCUUGAAGCAAACGGAGAUUACAUCCCUGCUGUUGUGGACCACAGAGGAGGCAUGCCGUGCCACGGCACCUUCCUGCUGCACCAGGGCCUCCAGAGGAGGAUCGCUGUUACCAUUGUACACGAGUCUGGAGGUGACAUUGAAUGGAAGGAUAUUCGUGAACUUGUUGUUGGGCGUCUGCGCAACACCCCCGAAGCUGACGAGAACAUGAUCGACCCAAACAUUUUGUCCCUCAACAUCUUGGCUGCUGGGUAUGUCAGGCCCUUACAGGACGACAGACAGUUUCUUGAUUCGGACAUGCCUAGGACUUUUUACCGCUUCGAGGCAGCGUGGGACAGCUCCAUGCACAACUCCCUGCUGCUCAACCGAGUGACUCCAAACGGGGAGAAGAUCUACAUGACCCUGUCAGCCUACCUGGAGAUGGAGAACUGCACGCAGCCGGCAGUCAUAACCAAAGACAUCUGCAUGGUGUUUUACUCUCGGGACACAAAGCUGUCAGCUUCCCGGUCUAUUCGCAACCUUUUUGGUACAGGAAGCCUGAGGGCGGCAGAUGGAAACCGUGUCACUGGAGUUUAUGAGGCCAGUUUAUGUCACCAGGCUGAUACAGGAAGUCCAGGAAUGCAACGGAGGCGCAGGCGGGUGCUGGACACCUCUGUGGCCUAUGUCCGAGGAGAAGAGAACCUGGCAGGGUGGAGGCCCCGCAGCGACAGCCUCAUUAUAGAGCACCAGUGGGAGCUGGAGAAGCUAAGUCUCCUCCAAGAUGUGGAGAAGACCAAACAUUACCUCCUGCUGAGGGAGAAGCUGGAGUUUGCCUUGCAGACAGGCCUGGAGUCCCUGCAGUCCUGUGUCCCCGAGGACCUGGAUGAGUCUCAUCAAACCACAGAGGCAGAUCAUGAAGCCAGCUCCAGCUCUGAGAUCAUCACUGAGAGGCAGAAGCAGCUUGCAGCCAAGUGUUUGCGGCUGCUCACUCACUCCUUCAACAGAGACUACAGCCUCGUGUGUGUCAGCGCCAGUGAGAGCAAGAUCUCAGAGAUGUCCGUCACGAUGCUCAGAGACUCCCCCUCCAGUACCGCUCUCAACACAAUCACACCCUCCUCCACGUGCCCCUCACUGGUUGAGGGUUGCUACAAUAAUGCUGAACUCAGACCGCCCACACCUCGCUCUCACGCUGCCAGUCCUACUCCUGAAAUACAGCCGGAUGCGAAAGACAAAAAACCCGUCAACGGAGCGUCCGACACUAAACCUAGAACUCGCAAACUGGUCCCAGAUAUCCAGGAGAUCAGAGUCAGCCCCAUUGUGUCAAAAAAGGGUUACCUGCAUUUCUUGGAGCCAAACACCAACGGAUGGGUGAAACGCUUCGUCGUUGUACGUCGGCCGUACGUUUACAUCUACAACUCAGAAAAAGACGCGGUGGAGCGAGCCAUUCUCAACCUGUCCUCCGCCCAGGUGGAGUACAGCGAGGACCAGCAGGCCAUGCUGAAGACCCCAAACGCUUUUGCUGUGUGUACAGAACAUCGUGGAAUAUUGCUGCAAGCAGCUAACGACAAAGAAAUGCACGACUGGUUGUAUGCAUUUAACCCUCUCCUUGCUGGAACUAUCAGGUCUAAACUGUCGAGAAGACGAGCCGGACAGAUGAGGAUGUGAGAGAAAGAUUAAUGCAAAAACUAAGGUGUACAUAGAUUCUUGUUCUAAUUGCUCUCCUUGUGCUGAGCCCAGUUUCUACCAUCACUGUCACAAGCAGCCAUCUUUACUCUGCACUCAGUCCAUCUCUGGCGUCCUCAGUGUCCAUGUAAUGUCCGGCCUCGGCAGCCGCGUGAGUCUUUCAGUGUGAAGAAACUAUUGACAAAUCUGUCACUGUACUGUAACGGAGGUGAGCACGUAGCUGGAUGGGUGCAGAACGUGGAGCGAGUAGCAGCAGAUACGUAUCAGAUUGCAUUUGUGUGACGUACUGUAGUUGUUGUCAGUGACACAUCAAGCCUUAUUCUGCACAUCCAGUCACAUGGAGCUGUACCUAAAGCUGCACCGUUCAUCGAUUCAUAGAAAAUCAUGUUCAGUCUUCUCUUCUCUUUAUGGAUGACUAUGUUGUUUAAACUGGUUUGAUUUAUCAGACAGAAAAAUACAUGCAGAAAAAUGUAAGACAGUCUUAGAUGUUUGAGUCCUGACACUGAGCAUCUAAACACUGUUUCCUGAAUUCUCAUUAAAACUUCACCACACAGAUUUGCCAUUUUAGCUCUUAGGGUAUCUAAAA